CGAUCCUCUGACCACGUCCUCGACCACCUCCGCACACUCAUUGACGACCCGCCAGCAUGGCGCGCCGAGCUCACGUCCCUCGACGCUGCGGGCUACGUCCCCGAGAUCGUCUUUGUCGACGCGGGGCUCGUGACGACGCUGAAUGACAAGAACCGCACGAACUUCCUCGACCUGUUCCGCGCGGUCGCCGAGUUCGACGGGUACCGCGCGGGGACGCUGAUGGUGGAGCGCUGCCGCACGCCGCAGCUCGCGGUGGACGCGGAGAUGUUCGCGCUGCGCAUGCAGCACAUCGUGUUGAACGUGAAGCGCAAGACGUUCUCGCUCGGGCAGAUCAAGAUCUCGGACAUCCUCACGGCGGUGCUGCGCGCGGUGCGCCAGCACCACGUCAAGAUGGAGGCGGACUUUGUGAACACGGUCAUCUCGAUCCUGCUGCUGGAGGGCAUCGGGCGCCAGCUGGACCCCGGGCUCGACCUGUUCAAGAGCGCGCUGCCGAUCUUGCGGCAGCUCGGGAGGCAGAUGUCGACGCAGGAGACGAUCGCGAGCAUGCCGGCGGGGAAUCUGGGCGCAUUCUUGAAGGUGUGGGUGUACAUGGAGGCCCGGGAGCUGGCAAAUUCAGCAUUGAUAGACGCGGACAAGCUGGUCAUGUAUGACUGGCUUACACCCAACAUAUAG